AUGGACGCAACCAUGGAAUUGGAUAAUUACGAAACUGUGCUGGAAACCACAGAUGGCUCUGCUCUGAACGAGGGCUGGUAUGUCUCGUAUCCAAUGAGCUUCCAGGUUUCCCUGACCAGCUUUCUAAUGCUGGAGAUUGUCCUGGGAUUCAGCAGUAACCUCACUGUUCUCAUCCUGUACUGCAUGCAGUCCAAACUGGUAGAUUCAGUCAGCAAUAUCGUCACCAUGAAUCUUCACGUACUGGACAUCAUCAUCUGCCUCGUGUGUGUCCCAUUCACCAUUGUAAUCGUUCUCAUUCCUCUGGAGAGAAACGUGGCUCUGAUCUGUUGCUUCCAUGAAGCUUGUGUCACCUUUACCAGCAUCGCCACAGCAGUCAAUGUGCUGGUGAUAAGCCUCGACAGGUACGACAUCUCCGUGAAACCAGCCAAUAGAGUCCUAACACCCAGCCGGACAAUCCUGCUGCUAACGUCGGUUUGGGUCGUGUCGCUAAUGGUGUUUUUCGUCCCCUUCAUUGAGGUGGAGUUCUUUGGUGAUCCACUGCACAGUACUGCCUGGCAGAAUCGAACACUGCUCUGUGUUAGUGUCAAUGAGUACCACAAGGAACUGGGCAUGUACUACCACCUCUUCAUCCAGAUUCCCUGCUUCUUUGUGGCAGUUACAGUCAUGUUGGUCACCUACACCAGAAUACUCCAAGCCCUGAAUAUCCGCAUUGGCUCACACUUCACACGGAGUCAAAAACACAAAAACAAGAACAAGAACAAGAAGAGGAAGAAGAAGAAGAAAUCAGCGAGUUCCCUCAGCAGCCAGUAUGAGACCAAAAGGCUGAGCACAGCCCCAGUCAGUCAGAAUCCUCUGCCGUUGGGAGUUCAGGCCUCAGUUUCAGUCAUUAUUGCUCUCCGCCGAGCUGUGAAACGGCACCGUGACAGGCGGGAACGGCAGAAGCGAGUCUUCAGGAUGUCCUUGAUAAUCAUCUCAACCUUCCUGCUCUGCUGGGCACCCAUUUCAAUCGUCAAUCUUCUCAUUUUGUGCCUGGGACCUAGUGACUGGUUGGUGAAGCUAAGGAUCUGCUUCCUGGUGAUGGCUUAUGGAACCACCAUCUUCCACCCACUCCUCUAUGCCUUCACUAGGCAGAAACUCCGGAAAGUUCUCAAGAGCAAAAUGAAGAAGCGGGUGGUGUCGGUACUGCAGGUGGACCCCGUGCCCAGUGGGACAAUCAUACACAACUCCUGGGUCAAUCCCAGAAAGACUCGCAAAUUGAAGUUGGAGUGCAGCGAUGCCACUGACCGAUGUCUGACUGAGGGAGCCAAAGACUGA